UUCCUCUGCACAGGUUUUGAUAAAUCUCCCCAAUGUGCGUGUGGACACGGCCUAACAAAGCAAAUAAAUGGCGCGGACUUUGCUCAGAACAGGAGAUAGAAAAUGUUAUUUACAGCUGCUCCAACCACAGAGAUAAGAGAAACCUAUGAUCUUUAUUGUUAACCCUUUGUAUGAAGCAGUCAUUGCUAUGAGGGAAAAAGAAAAUGGAAGAUCCCACUUUGUAUCCCAGGGAUUCCCGUGACGUGAUUUAUGCCGGACAUAUUUAGUAUAAUUUAGUCAGCUGCAGCUUUGAAGUUGAUUGUCCCACAAACUCAUAAGGCCUGGAUGGGGAAGGAUGGGCAGAUACCGUGCUCAUUCACCGUGGAUAAUCCCCCCGUCGACCGCUCACAGCUUGUAAUAAUUUGGUAUUUUCAAGAUAAACAAAUCUUAAGAGUUGAUGACAAAUCAGAGAAAACAACAAAUCCUAGACUGUCCUCUGUAGACAGAAUUUGGGAUGGGGUUGCCAAUCUUUAUAUUUCCAACACGUCGCUGUCUGAUGGAGGCCUCUACAAGUGUUCUGUAAUAUAUGGCUCACUACUAAAGGAGGCAUAUAUACGUCUGGAUAUUCUAGCGCCCCCACUGGUGACAAUCACAGGUAAGACUGUUGUAAUGAAUAGGGAGAACAUUCUGCACUGCACCGUCACCGGAUUCUACCCUGUGGACAUUGAUAUUAGAUGGUUCAGGGGCGCAGAGAUGCUGACUAAUGUGACUGUGGAGAAUCCCAGGAGAAAUCACGAUGGAGUAUAUAAUGUGAACAGCUCUGUGAGGAUCAUACCCACUGAGGAGGACCGGGAUCAGAACUUCUCCUGUAGAGUCCAACAUGAAUCUCUACAGCAACCGCACCGGGAAAUAUUCCAGCUCUUCUAUGGAGCUGCGCCAAUUAUUCACAUUCUUCCUCACUUGUUUAAGAAGAAUGUAGAACAGAUAUUGGUUUGUUAUGUGUCUGGGUUUUACCCAGAAUCCAUUGUGGUGAACUGGCUUUUGAACGGAACAUCUGUGGAAAAAACUGAAAUAAAGAGAAUUAACAGCUCGGCCUUGGAAGCUGCCCUCCAUUUUAUGCCAACCGAGAAGAACUGGGGCAUGGAGGUCACCUGUGUGGUGGAACACGAAACCCUGCUCCACCCGCAGGCUAAGAGCCUGACUGUACUUGGAAAAGAUUUUACGGCAAAAUAUAAGCUCCUAGUUGUAUUGGCUGCUGCUUUACUGUCUGUUUUAUUCGUAACUGGGACCGUUUGCUUUUAUAUGAACAGAUACAAACAGAAACGACAUCCAAAGUUUAGAACUAUCACACAGUCCACAGACGGUAGCUUCAGUCUGAAUAUCGAUCAUUUUUAUCCCAAAGAAAUCUCGGUAUCCUGGGAAGUCUUUCAACCUCCUUCAAACAAAACCCCCAAAGAGCUGCAAUCAACAAACAAUAUGCAAGAAAACCAAGAUGGCACCUUUAAUGUGACCAGCACCACCGAAAGCCUCAGAGACAAAGUCAAUGAAAGAGAGGAAUAUAAGCUUCGUGCUGCAGUGACACACCAAAAACUGAGGCACCCAUCCUACAGAGAAUGGACCAACCAGAACAAAGACAAUUUGUCUUUUAUGUCUUCUCCAGAACUGGGGCAAAUAGUUACCCCCAAUCUGAUGCUGAACAGCCAGGCACAGCUCCAGUGCACAAUCUCCCGUUUCUAUCCUGAUAAUCUCACUGUGAAUUGGAUAAGGAAAGUGAUGGGUAAUGAGGAAAUAAUUACAACAUCUGAGAAAUACAAGUUAGUCCCCCAAAGAUCACAGCAACAGCGGGAUAAGACAUUUACCUGCACAGCAUGUCUACUGCUCACCCCAUCCCUGGAGGAUCGAGGAUCAGAGAUCAUCUGUAGAGCGACCCAUCCAAGCCUGGAGCAGCCAGCAGAGAGGAGCACAGGACAGCUACAAGUGUGGGUAAAACCAACAAUUGAUCAUCCCAUCCAGCUAUCCAUCAGUGACUCCGGAGAUGUGAUGGCAACUUUAUCACUUCUAAAGUUUUAUCCCAAAGACAUAAUAAUCACAUGGAGCUAUGGCCGAUCCCUGGAGAAGAAGUCAUCACAAGAAACAGUCACUGACAACCCUGAUGGGGCAUUCUCCAUUAAUACAAAGUGUAUAAUCCCGGGGAAUCUCUUUGAAGAAAAAGAUUUUAGAAUAAAAGUGACAUGGAGACAUGAGACAAUGGACAUAGAAGAAUUCAGAGAGAUGUUUCUAGGACAUCCAGAUUUUCCGUGGUGUCCAAGAAUUCUGGACAUGACUCCUCUGAUUCUGCAAAUGGGCAAAGAGACCACAGUCACCUGCAAAAUCUCAGCAUUUUUCCCAAAUAACCUGACAGUGACCUGGUAUGAGAAGAAGGGAACAUCUAUAACACAGUGUACGGGUGGAAAAUACAAUAUCACUUGUGCACCAGAGAGAGCAGCUGAUAACUCCUGCUCCUGCUCAGCUUCAUUAUCAUUCACAGCUCAAUCCCAGUCGGAUGACCUCGAAUUUAUAUGCAGAGUUUUACAUCCCAGCCUUAAGAAUCCAAUAGAGCGGAGUACAGGGAAGGCCAUGAUGAGAGUGACUCCACAGAUGGAAGAGCCAGUGAAGUUGACGCUCGAUGACCCAGACACCGUGAAGAGCUCCAUGACGUUAACAAAGUUCUACCCAUCAGAUGUUAAGAUUGCCUGGACUAGUAGAGAAUAUAAUGAUAAACCAAUACCUUCAACCAGAAAACGUAUACAGACGGAUGAGGAACAGACAUUUGAUGCUAUAAGUGAAUGUACAGUCCCCUGGAGAUAUUUCCUCUCUGGAGUGCGAGUGACCUGGGAGCAUCAAUCCCUGACAUCUCCUCAGCAUCGAGAUCUCUAUAUAACAGAUUUCCCCUGGCACCCAGUCAUAGAAGAAAUAAACAAACCUUUUUUCGUUGUGGACACAGAAGACGUAUUACAGUGCAAAAUCUCUCACUAUUUUCCAAAUGAUCUCACUGUGUCCUGGUUUAUGAAGAAGAAGAGGAAUCUGACAAUGAUGGCGAAUACUAAAUUCAGAGCAGAGAGACAGGGCGACAACACAUACAGCUGUACCGCCACCCUGAUAGUCACCCCAUCGGUGCAGGAAUAUGAUGGAGCAGAGAUCAUCUGCAGAGUGCAGCAUCCCAGCCUGGAGCGAUACAUAGAGAAAUCUACAGGACCAAUACAAGUCUACGCUCCGCCCAGGUUCCAGGAUCCCAUACAAUGGUCUCUCAGUCAGAAUGAAGACGUUCUCUGUAUUCUUCGGUUGCAAAGAUUUUACCCCAAACCUAUAGAAAUCACGUGGAGCAGCUCAGACGGUUCGGUAAAAUCCCGAGAAAUAUAUGAAGACCAUCCUGAUUCUACAUGUAAUGUGACGAGUCAAUGUACGGUUACUCAGAAGAAUAUCAAUGACCCCAAUUUUAGGAUCACAGUAACUUGGAAACACAACUCAAUGGUGGAACCAGAAAAAAAAAAGAUGUACAUAAGGAACGCAGGUAUUCCUUGGCAUCCAACAGUAAGUGAAUUAUUUACACCGAUUCUGUCACAAAAUGAAGUACAGGUGCAUUGUAAUAUCACUAGAUACUUUCCACAUAAACUGACUGUGACCUGGUUAGUAAAGGAGAGAGGAAGCGACGCUUAUAUCCCUGUAGAUCCGCAGAGGUACCAAUACCAGAUCCAGCCCAUGAAGGACCAAGAUGCUGGUACUGGAUACCACUCUACAGCUGCUUUACAAUUCCGCCCAGUACUCACCCAUCACCAUGGGAUUUGGUUUAUGUGUAAAGUGGAGCACCCCAGUCUGGAACUUCCUAUAGAGAGAACCACGGGACCUGUCUACAUACCACUGACCCCGGAGUUGAGAGAAGAAAAGAUAAUAACCACCUGUGACAAGAGCGAGGUGCUGUGCUCUAUGAAUCUGAGAAGGUUCUUCCCUAAAAAAAUAAAUAUAACUUGGGUAAAUGGAAAAAGUGAUGUAAUGGCAUCAAAAACAAUCCUUCAGGUGAAUGAUGAAGAAGAAGAAGCAUUUGAUGCCAUUAGUGAAUGUAGAAUUCCGUGGGAAAAGCUCAUAUUUCCAGUUCAGGUGACAUGGAAGCAUGAGUCUAUGGCAGCAAAUCAAUGCUUACAUCUACAACGCACAGAGGUUCUGAGGACCCCAAUAUUACAAGACAUUGAACAGUCUGUUCUGGUAGAGAUGAUAGAAGCCGAGCUACACUGCAGAAUAUCUAGAUAUUUCCCUGAUGAUGUGACUGUGAGCUGGUAUAAGAAGAAGGGAGUUCUGGGAUCUGCUCCUUUACAUGACAAUGAUAAGUAUAAGAUAUCAGUCACUGAGUCCCAGAAACAGCCGGAUUCCACCUUCUCCUGUACAGCCAGUCUACGGUUCACCCCAACACUGGAACACCAGGAAUCAGAGAUCAUCUGCCUGGUGGAGCAUCCCAGCCUAGAGACACCGCUAGAGAGGAGCUCCGGACCCCUACGUGUGAGAAAUUUUUCGAGCUGUCCGAUAUUACAAGACAUUGAACAGUCUGUUCUGGUAGAGAUGAUAGAAGCCGAGCUAAAGUGCAGGAUAUCUGGGUAUUUCCCUGAUGAUGUGACUGUGAGCUGGUAUAAGAAGGAGAAGGGAGUUCUGGGAUCUGCUCCUUUACAUGACAAUGAUAAGUAUAAGACAUCAGUCACUGAGUCCCAGAAACAGCCGGAUUCCACCUUCUCCUGUACAGCCAGUCUACGGUUCACCCCAACACUGGAACACCAGGAAUCAGAGAUCAUCUGCCUGGUGGAGCAUCCCAGCCUGGAGACACCGCUAGAGAGGAGCUCCGGACCCCUACGUGUGAGAAAUAUUCCUUCACGUCCAUUCAUUGAAGAAAUAGACGCAUCUGAUCUGACUGCGAACAGUCCUGAGUCUGAGCUACACUGCAGGAUAUCUGGAUACUUCCCUGAUGAUGUGACUGUGAGCUGGUAUAAGAAGGAGAAGGGAGUUCUGGGAUCUGCUCCUUUACAUGACAAUGAUAAGUAUAAGACAUCAGUCACUGAGUCCCAGAAACAGCCGGAUUCCACCUUCUCCUGUACAGCCAGUCUACGGUUCACCCCAACACUGGAACACCAGGAAUCAGAGAUCAUCUGCCUGGUGGAGCAUCCCAGCCUGGAGACACCGCUAGAGAGGAGCUCCGGACCCCUAAAGAUAAAGGGUCUCACUGAUGAUCUACAAUUUGUUUGUCCAACAGAAGAAACGAAUGGUCCUAGAGGGUCUAAUGUUUAAACCCCUACAACGUUAGACGACAAUGAUUACUGUCCCAAAAACGAUUUCAAUAUUAAAGCGCAGUGCGGUGUCGGGGUGUUGUAACGAUGUAGCAGGGUCUGGUGGUAUUAACUCUGUGGGGUAAGGUGUUAUUAACCCCUGAUUUGUCGUGACGCCAGGGUGUGGAGGUUUUCUGUAGAAAAGCCCUGCCGGCAACCGGCCCAAAAACGGCAGGAAAUAAAGGAAUGUCCACAGCAGGAAUUGUGCAAAUAACUGGAACUUUUACUUAAACUUCUGAUGGAACAGUCUUUACAGGUAUACAGUUUCUCUAGAGCAGCGGUUCUUAAUCUUGUUGGAGGUCCUGGACCCCACCAGUUUUAUAUGUGCAUUCACCGCACCCCUCUUAAUUGGAAAAAUAAAAUAUGAUUUUUUCAAAUUCAUAACAUAGGAGGUAUAUAUUUAUACAUAGGAGGUAUAUACUUAUACAUAGGAGGUAUAUACU